AUGGCUAAAUACAUAGCUAACAUGUCGAUGAAUCGUUACAAUCGUGUCUACUGGGUAACUCCACUGUUGGAUACCAUACAGUAUUACCAGCAAUGUUGUGGCGGUUACGGUCCUUUGGACUACGAGAAUUCAUACUGGUUUAUAACAAAUACUAUUCGGGGCACUCGGUCAUCUGUUCCUCCGUCGUGUUGUAAGCAAACUCAGACUGCUCGGUCAUGGAAUAUUCAGCCUGUAGAUCCAAUGUGUACAACCUAUAAAUAUUUUUCAUCCUCAUUUAAUACAUCAGUCAACAUUGCAGGUUGCGCUGACCGUCUUUUGACUUGGUUAGAGUCAAAAACCACUCUCUUUGCUGCGCUUGGGUUCUCAUUUGCUGGAUUUCAAAUGAUUGGAAUUUGCUUAGCUGGCAUACUCUUCCAUUACAUUAACACAUAUUACUACAUUAGAGGUCGUCCAGUGAUACUAAAUGGCUAA